AUGGCUACGAAAGAUCCAGCAACUGGUAAAGUUCCCGCCCAAGCUGGCGCUGGUGAACAACAGGAAUAUAAAAUUCGGAUUACACUAACAUCGCGCAAUGUGAAAUCAUUGGAAAAAGUCUGUGCAGAUUUGAUUCAAAAGGCCAAAGAAGAAGAAAUACGCGUCAAGGGACCUGUUCAAAAACGUGGGAUCGUUUUCAAAUGCGUAUUCACAAACGUGUUGUUGAUUUACAUUCAAAAUCGGAAAUUGUUAAACAGAUCACAUCCAUUAGUAUCGAACCAGGUGUAG